AUGGAAGCGUGUGUGAUUUUCAACGCUGUUCUGACCCGCCUACUUUUCGCCGCGUUCGGUGUCCUGUGUAUCUGGAGGGUGUACAACAUACGUGGGACCGCUACAACAUGGCUGCUGAUGCUGGCCGAAGCUGGGCUUUUCGUUGAAACACUAUUCACACUGAUCGCCAGGAAAGGGAAGGAGUGGAAAUGGUUUUCUCCCUGUGUGCUGUUUUACCUGUGCUGCACCAUACCCUCCAUCUGGUUCCUGGAGAUGGACGAACUGAAACGACGCCUAGCGGACGGGUCAGAAAAGGAGGAGGCAUGCAGAAACAUGACUGGCAACGUCACAGAGGAGGAAAUGGAGGGCAGUGUAAAUCUGCAGUCAUUUGGGAUUGAUGCUGAGAUUACAAUCGAGAACUGGGUCGGUGCCUUGGAACAGAUAAUGGUCAUGCUCCUCGUCAUCGGGAGGUGGCUGCUUCCAAGAGGAGACCUGACACGGGACGAGUUGUCACAACUCCUACUGGCCUACAUCGCCAUGGCUGCCGACAUCGUGGAGCUGUUCCAAGUCUUCGAAGAAGAGAGGGUUGGAAACAAAAGCCGAGUCGUCUACGCCGCACUCGCGCUCUACACAUGGAGCCUGCUACAGUUCACUAUUGUCCUCACCGCAGCCAGAGCCAGGAAAUCUCGUCCGGGUGCCAUACGCACUGCCGAGGGUACCUUGCCAAAGAGUACCCUAGGACCUGACGGCCAAAAACAGCCAUCAGAAGAAGACAAGGGUGACAAAACGCGCAGACACCGUGGCACCAUGCAAGAAGUAGAAGCGAGGAAUCUGUCCCUCUGCGGCUGCUGCCACCCUGACGUCUUCGCAAUGGUCACCACCAUCGUCAUGCAAGACGGGCCGUUCCUGGGGUUCCGGCUGUAUCUGAUCUUCUACGAGCGCGUUCUUACUCAGGGCGUCCUCUUCUUCGUCGGGAAGAACACGCUGCUCAUCGUGCUGCAGAUCUACCGCAUCGUCAUCAUCUGUACCGGAAAAGAGGAAACAAACGACCCCGCAAUGGAGCGGGAGUUAGAUGAAGUUGCCACAAAUGACGGAAUUUAA